AUGAAGGAUGGGACCUUCAUCCAAAUGUCCUCCCGUACAAUGGCCCUCAAGCCUCUUCUUUGGACACUCUCACUCAUACUACCGGCCUCCCUCACCACGGCGACGUCGUUUAACCUGUCGAGCGAGAUUACGCGUUUCGUACCAACGUGUGCCCGCGAAUGCUUCCGUUCUCAUUUGACUGCCAACUACGACCUCUCCACCUGCGGCAGUGCUCCCACUCUACAAUGUCUGUGUGCCAAUGUUGGCUUCUCAGGCCUCACUUUAGGGGAGGGUGCUGUGCAGUGUAUCGUCGCAGAGAAGGGCAUAGGUUUCUGUCGCGAAAGUGAUGCGCCGCAGACUGUGAUCGACGCAGCAUACCUGAUGUGCUCGAACCAACCGGGAGCUGUUCAGCCCACACACACAGCCAUCAUUGCAACGUUGAUUAUUCCUUCCUCUGGAGGUAUCAUCCUCGUUCCCCCAAGGACAACCACAAGGGCCACCUUAUCAACAUCGACGAGCCAUCUCACGACUUCGAUUCCGACGACUCUUAUCUCGGCAACAGGCACACCGUCCAUCCCAAAUACGUCUACGACGUUGACUACCUCAACUGUACCUCAGGCUUCUACUACGGAUAGCAUUGUUACACCACCGCCAUUGCCGUCAUCCUCCACAGCGACACCUUCCGCAUCCGCAACUGUAAUCCCAGGAGCUGAGGGCGCUGACGCCGGCACCUCCAAGAGCUUGGGCACCGCUCAAGUGGCAGGUCUCGCAGUCGGUAUUGCAGCUGCCCUCGGGAUUGCCAUCCUCGCCAUAUGCUUCGCCCGCCGCAAGCGCAGAAAGGACUAUCCGGAUGAAAAGACGGGCUUCUUCCCCGUGCGAGAGAAGGACUCUUGGGAAUUCCACCCGCAAGAGGGCCCCGCCAAUAUCUUUCACAUUUCCCCGCCUGUUCACCAUGCGCAAUCCCCUUCUCCGCCACCGUUACGCCAGCCCCCGGCGGCGCGUACCCGGACAAGCGGUCGCAUGAGCUGGUGGCCCGGCGCGAUCGGCCUUGCCGUCUCCCGGCCUGAGAGCACAUCAGCUGCCUACCGUCCAUCACCUCAGGCGCAGAACCGCCCAACGUCACGUCUCCUCCCAGCCAAGCCUUCUCUCUCGUCGCCAAAGCCGGUACUUUCCCUCAAGAUUCCCGAGAUAGACCUCACACCGUCAUCGCUCCCUCGGGCAGACCAAAGCGGAUCUGCACCGACAAAUUCCCAAAUUUUCAAGACGGCCAAGCUCACAGCGCCUCCAAAGAGCCACUACAAUGCCCGCGAAAGCACAAUGACGGAAUUUGAAGAGGACGGCGCUAUCACCUCGGCGCGCUCGGCUCGCUCAAACAACAUUUGGAGACCGCCCUCGGCAACAGUGGGAAGCAAUAACAACGUUCCCAAGUCUGCCACGUACUACGUAGCUGACAAGAACGGCAAUUGGGUCCUAGGGGACCCCAAGAGCGCCACGCACAUGGCACAGAUCGCCGAGCUCGAUGCGUCGGGUGCGAGCCAGGGUGGUGGCGCCAAAGCGAAGCCCUCCUAUGCUGAGUCUGCCAUGCUCGCUGCCACGGCCACGACUGCGGGCAUGGGCCACGGAGCCGGAAGCCCCGUUGCUCCCUCCGGUCCCCGGAUGAUGCCACCACCCCCAGUUCUUCUUCCGCCUGUCGAGAUCGCUCGAACCGGUGCCCUUGCCGCCCCGCCCGCGGCUCACCAAUCCCGAACCUCGAGCGUCUACUCGCCUGCCACCACGAGACCCAAUACAGUUAUCCAGAACAGCGCUCUUCCCCCGUCUGCUGGAGCUCCCCACCCGGUGCCGAGCAUGUCGUUCUCUCAUCCCGAACCUCCACGCCGCCGGAGUAACUCUCUCGGCCGCCGCAGCUCAUCAAAGUCGAAAUCCACAGGGUCCGCCACUGCUCCUUUCCCUCCUCCCGCUGCAUCAAUAUCUACAGGCGCUGGGAACCCACCGCAUCGGUCUGACAGCCAUGACUCCCACGCGUCAGCCACGACAAUCGCGUCCUCCGUCGCGAGCGAGGCCGAGCCCGUGAUUGAGCAAAGCGGUCUCUCCCCUGUCGUGGAGUCACCUGCCUCAAGGGGAUCCCCAAAUGUCGGACACUCACCCGUCUCCUACCCCGUCAUCCCCGGCCGCACCAGCUCCAAGCCUGGCUACAACAACCUCCGCCUGCUGGCUCCUCCCGCUCGGCCUUUUGCUGCGUUUCCCGCCGGACAGCCCAGUCCCACGCUCGGGAUGAUGCAGCAACAGCAGCAGCAGCAACAGUCCCGAAACGGACUGUACAUGGCCAGCCACGACGUCCCCCGUAAACCCGUCGGCCCUCGCCCCCGCCCAGCCGGUCCCGUCACCGACCCCAGCAGGAUCGCCACCGGGUCGCCCUCGCUCCGCCUCGUGACCCCGUCUCCUCCCCGUUCUUCCUCCUCCGAUAACAGGAACAAUUCCCAAGGCCUCCAGCAAGAGCCCCACUGGGAGCCCGCGCAAACCCAGAGGCCGCCGCAGAUGAGACCCCUCUACCCGCCGCCUCUGAACCCCAAACGGCCCAGGCUCGAGCGCAACGACGACAUCCACCCGCAACCGCAGGCCGCGCAAGUCCAACAGGCGCCAUUUCUUAACCAGGAGCCUCAGUCGACUUCGGUCCAUAAGGCGCUCUGGGGGAACCUCCCUCCUCGAGCCCAGCAGCAGCAACAGCAGCAACAGCAGCAACAGCAGCAACAACAGCAGCAACAACAGCAGCAGCAGAAGCCAGCUCCCUACUCUGGUCUCCCAUCACAGCAGCAGCCUCAACCUCCUCAGCAGAGACAGCAGCAGCCCCAGCAACAGCUGAACCAACAAUCCUUCCAACAACGUCAACGCCGUCUCUCACAGCAACAACCAAGCCGCCAAUCCAUCCAACAACCCCUCCCCCCCAAAUCCCCGCCCCCAAAACAGCCCCUGCCCGAAAGACCAUCCUCCGCCUCCCCAUCACCGCACCACAUCGCAACGCAAGCCAUCCGACCAACCUCGACAAUCCUACAACCACCACCACCGCCAACAAUCCGCCCCCCCUCCGCCUCAACAACCGCCUCCCCCACCGUCGCAACCCCCUCAACAACAUCCUCCCUCCUGUCCAAACGCCUCGGCUCCGAACGCGCCGCCGCCCUCAUCCUCCCCAACGCCGGCCUCCGCCACAGUCCCAACUGGAGACCCGUUCGCCCAGGGGGUAACGGAGACGGAACGGAUAUGCUCCUCUCCCCCGACGCCGCUCUCUUCCCUACACCUCCCGGGUUUCCAUCCCGGACUGGCGGUGGUGGCGGCGCCGGGCGCGGUGGUCACUUGCCUGCUACGCCGACCUGGCAGCCGAGGCUGACGCCUACUCGACGGGGCGAUGACUUGUUUUUAAAUGUGCAGUGA